AUGUCUACCUUUGGCUACAGGAGAGGACUUAGCAAAUAUGAAUCCAUCGAUGAGGAUGAACUUCUCGCUUCCCUGUCAGCUGAGGAGCUGAAGGAGCUAGAGAGGGAGCUGGAAGACAUUGAACCUGAUCACAGCCUUCCCGUGGGGCUAAGGCAAAAGAGUCUGACCGAGAAAACCCCCACGGGGACAUUCAGCAGAGAGGCACUGAUGGCCUAUUGGGAAAAGGAGUCCCAAAAACUCUUGGAGAAGGAGAGGCUGGGGGAGUGUGGAAAGGUUGCGGAAGAAGACAAAGAAGAGAGUGAGGAAGAGCUUAUUUUUACUGAAAGUAACAGUGAAAUUUCUGAAGAGGUGUAUACAGAGGAGGAGGAGGAGGAAGAAGAGGAGGAAGAGGAGGAAGAGGAAGGAACAACUGACAAGGAGAAAGGUAUUAAUGGAACUGUAAAUUAUGAUAGCAUCGAUUCUGAAAAUUCUAAGCCAAAGACAUUUAAAAGUCAGAUAGAAAACAUAAAUUUGACCAACGGCCACAGUGGAAGGAACACGGAGUCGCCAGCUGCCAUUCACCCUUGCGGAAAUCCUACCGUGAUUGAGGAUGCCUUGGAAAAGAUAAGGAACAACGACCCUGACACCACAGAGGUCAACUUGAACAACAUCGAGAACAUCACGUCGCCGACCCUCGCCCGCUUCGCCGAGGCACUCAAGGGCAACACGGUGGUGAAGACCUUCAGUCUGGCCAACACCCGCGCGGACGACAGUGCGGCCAUGGCCAUUGCAGAAAUGCUCAGAGUCAACCAGCACAUCACGAACGUCAACGUGGAGUCCAACUUUAUCACGGGCAAGGGGAUCCUGGCCAUCAUGAGGGCUCUGCAGCACAACACGGUGCUCACAGAGCUGCGCUUCCACAACCAGAGGCACAUCAUGGGCAGCCAGGUGGAGAUGGAGAUCGUUAAGCUGCUCAGGGAGAACACCACGCUGCUGAGGUUGGGUUACCAUUUUGAGCUCCCAGGACCAAGAAUGAGCAUGACGAGCCUCUUAACGAGAAAUAUGGAUAAACAGAGGCAGAAGCGGAUGCAGGAGCAAAAACAGCAAGAGGGCUAUGACGGAGGAGCCAAUCUUAGGACCAAAGUCUGGCAAAGAGGAACACCUGGCUCUUCACCUCAAGCAUCUCCCAGGCACUCUCCCUGGUCAUCCCCCAAACUCCCCAAGAAAGUCCAAACUGUGAGGAGGAGUCGUCCUCCGUCGCCCAUGGCCCCACCCCCUCCCGCUCCCCCACCCCCUCCUCCUCCUCCUCCUCCUCCUCCUCCCCAAAAGCUGCCCCCUCCUCCUCCACCACCACCUCCUCCACUCCCAGAGAAAAAACUAAUCACUCGAAACAUUGCAGAAGUCAUCAAACAGCAGGAGAGUGCCCAGCGGGCAUUACAAAAUGGACAGAAGAAGAAAAAAGGGAAAAAGGUUAAGAAACAGCCAAACAAUAUCCUAAAGGAAGUUAAAAAUUCCCUGAGGUCAGUGCAAGAGAAGAAAAUGGAAGACACUUCCCGCCCUUCUACCCCACUGAGAUCAGCUCAUGAGAAUCUCAUGGAAGCUAUUCGGGGAAGCAGCAUAAAACAGCUAAGGCGGGUGGAAGUUCCAGAAGCUCUGCGAUAA